AUGGCGUCGAGUUCAAGCCGGAAGCCUCAGAUCUUCGUCCACUUCGAAUUUGGUGUCUCAUUCUCACCCAGACAUGCACCCAACCAACACUCCGUCACGUACGCCUCUCGUGGUUUCCGUGAUCGCGCCCAAUUUCCCAGACAAGUCCCACCAACAAAUACAAAUUAUCUAGCAGAGCCCUCACACUCAGCCCAUCAACAUCAACCUCAACAUCAUCAUCAACCCGCACGAUCUUCACCACCCAUCCAAGAAUACUACGCACCUCAAGCGCAACCACCCAUGCCGCCACACUAUGAAGUCAGCAGACAAUCUCGACAAGAGAGUCGGUCGAGCUCCUCACACGAACGAGGCAGCUCAGCCCCGCCGCCAUGGAACGACAGCCCCUGGGACGCCGAACCGGAUGCUCUGGGAAGCUCAGCGCUGCCGCGUCAACGACCCCGGGCUCAGAACGCCCCCGACUACUGGAAAGCGUUGCCCGAAGUCCCGUCACGUUUCCGCCUGGGCGAGGACGAGAUGCCGUGGUCGGCCUCAUCGUGGCCAGGCGAGUUCGGCAUGCCCGACGAGUCCGAGGUCAACGACUACUCUUCCGAGCUGUCCAUGAAGUUCCGCGACGUCUCCCUCACCAACGCCACGCCGGUGGCCCGCGAGAGAGGGGACGACGGGCGGAGACAUGACCUUGAGGCGCUCUCCGCGGCAAUGGUCACCGUCGACAACGGCUUUGAGAACCAGUGGUGGUACCAGGGCGAGCGACAGCAGAUCAAUGCGCCGGGGGUGGUGGCUGGCGACUUACACACGACGACGACGACGGCGACUGCUGAGGCGGUGGUGCCUCCUCCUCAGACCCCUGUGUACCACCACCAGCAGCUCGGGGGCUAUGACACGAGGGAGUCGAUGGGGUGGGUGACUGCCCAGGGCGGGGAUUCCCACACGAGCAUGAUGAGCGCUACGAUUUACAACCCGAGUGUCUUGGUGUCACCCAUGUCGGAAUACGCGAGCCCCCGCCUUCACCGGUCGAUGACUACGAGGUCCGAGGAGCUCUUCUUUUAUAGCUAA